UGUUUUUUCUCCAGCAAAGUGCAAAAUAGUGUGAAAUUUCUUGUUUUGGUGUAAGUUGCAAAUAAAAUUAUCUCUAUAAAAUCAUUUUUAACAUAAUUGGCAACAAUAUUUUAUCUGUAAAACUGUAUGUCGGAGGGUAGAACUGAAUUACGAACAAUUUUGGUAAAAAAUGGAGGAGUACACCAGGGAACCGUGUCCAUGGCGAAUAGUGGACGACUGUGGCGGUGCAUUUACAAUGGGUGCAAUUGGCGGUGCCUUGUUUCACUCGAUCAAAGGUUUUAGAAAUGCACCCAGUGGAAUGAGUAAACGAUUUAUGGGAAGUAUAAUAACAGUUCAACAGCGAGCUCCAAUAUUGGCUGGAAAUUUUGCCAUUUGGGGUGGUACAUUCUCGACAAUUGACUGCACCUUAGUUCACUUUAGGCGGAAAGAAGAUCCAUGGAAUUCGAUAAUAAGCGGUGCAACGACAGGAGCAAUUUUGGCUGCGAGAAAUGGCGUUGCUGCAAUGACUGGCAGCGCAAUUGUUGGCGGUGUAUUGCUUGCUGUUAUUGAGGGAAUAGGUAUCUUUUACACGAGAAUAAUGGCCGAUCAAUUUAAACAGACAUCAAUAAUCGAUGAUCCCUCACAUCAAUUUGACAAUUCACAACAAAGAAAUCCUUCAUAAUUUUUCAACUUCUUCUUCUUCUUCUUUAAAUUGUAUUAUAGUUUUUAAAACAAAAGUAACGUUAGGAAUUCAAAUACUUUAAAAGUUCGCACAUUUCGUUUUCUUGUAAAAUACAAAUAAAUCUUAUAGUUGAUAGAGAAUUUCUUUGGACUAUGUGCUUUCGAUUGAAUGCAAUGAGAAUGUUAAGUUGAAUUUUUAAUUUAGAGACUUUUUUUUUAUUUCCACUUAAUGCUUCUGCGAAAAAAAGAUUAUAUUAAAUAAUGGAUUUUAAAUCUAA